CAAAACCAAGCUCUCCACUGUCUCUCCUCUUCCUCCCAAUGGCUUCAAUCUGUUACUCUUCCAUUUCCGUUCUUUUCCCUCCCAAUUCAUCCAAUCCAAACAAAGCCUUCCCGUUCCCUCCAAAACUUCCCUACCCGAACCCUUUUCCCUCCCUUCGGACCUCCAAAAUCCGAGCCGCCAACUCCUCCUCGGUCCAAGAAGAACAUUACAUGGGCAUCGAUAAUCUUCACCAGUUUGUCGACCUUAAUAUGGGCAAAUGGACCGGUUCUUUUCACCAAUUUGAUGGAAAUGGUAAUUUAUUGCAAAAAAUAAAUACGAGGCUUUCGGCGAGUUCGUAUGGAGAAGAUGAACUUAUCAGUCUUAUUCAAACGUUAUAUAUAGAGCAGCCUCACUCAAGUACAUCAGUUUCUGGACAUGAUGAGGAACCUGAAUGGGCAGAGUACAAAAUAAAAGAAACAAACAUGUUCACUGUAGACAAAUAUCAGCAGAUUGGCUUUUUUCCCAAAGAGAGGGCUUAUUCAUUAAGAUACCUGACUGCUGGCAUGUUAGAAACCGUGUUAAGGCAAGGAGUGUUGGGGGAAGAUGACACAGGAGAGGAGUCACCAAAAAAUCUUAAGCUUCCUUCUCGCCGGCCUUCCAUUGUUUGUGAGAAUUGCCUAUAUUCACAAGAGAAGGAUAGGCGAGCAAGAGCCUUUCAUAUCAUGGACCCAAGAGGCUUUAUAGAUAUGCUUGUCAUCUUCCUUGAGGAUAGAGGUGAUGGGCUGCUUUUUCAUCCAUCACUUGGCAAUAUGAUGGAUGGCCAGGUCCGGAUUUUACCAUUUCUUGGCAAGUGGGAAGGUCAUUCUGUAACAAAGCGCAGUGGUGUUUAUGGAUCCACAAUUACAGUAGCUGAUACAGUUGCUUUACUCCAAAUGGAUGACAAGAAUAAGCUAGUCCAGGAUGUUACUUCCAUGGGUGGUGGGGGCAAUGUAAGGACUAACGUGCGUUGGACGGGUACAAUCUCAGAUAACUUGGUUGAAUUUGAAGGGGCAUAUCAGCUAACAUUAUUACCUGGUGGCAUGUAUAUGGGAUAUCCUUCUGAUAUUGCAAAGAGCGUAGCCGAAUCCAAGUCAUUCCAUUUGGAGUUCUGUUGGCUUGAGGCACCUGGCAAGAGACAGAGACUGGUUCGAACUUAUGAUGCAGAGGGGUUGGCUGUCUCAUCAACUUAUUUUUCUGAGGUUAGAAUUUGAGUCCCUCCUACAUCACUGCCUGCAUAUUCAAUUCCCUCUUUGAAUGUUGAAUCCUUCUCUCAGCAAUUCCUUGCAGUGAAGUUAGGGUUUUGAUUUAACAUAAAUGAGAGUAAGGAAAACGGAGCACUAUUGUUGUAACUAAUAAGAUGGUGUAUAUUUUUUUCUAAUUUAUUGCUCCAUUCCUUGUAAAGUCACUGAAAGUAUUAAGUUUCAACUCUCUCUCUCUCUCUCUCUAACCAUUAAAUAUGAAUCUAUAUUGAAUUUAAAAUAUGGAGUUGUUUAUAUAGAUAGA